AUGGCAUCAAAACAGGCACCGCACGAACGACGAAAAGGCGAAGCUGCCCUUAGCGACUUUGCCGAGUACGUCGAGAGACAGCAGGCAUUGCGCUACCCGAACAAGGCUACCCAGAGCCAGAUCGCGAUAACAGCAACAGCAACAGCAACAGCAGGCGCAGGCGCAGGCGCAAGCUCAACAGUAACAACAACAAUAACAGACGCCCCCAAAGUCGAACAUCAUGCCGAACUCGACGACAUCCUCGACAGUCUCAAUCUCUCCGAGCCCGGUCCGCGAAUAAGACUGCGCGACCUCCUUCUGUCCGCGCCUGACGAUGACGCCUCCCGCCAGAAACUCGCCGACAUUAUUGGGGAGCGGCUAGACGAAGGCCACGGCGAGUCCGUCUUCGAUAUUGGCUUCGAAAACCACGGCGAGAGCAUGAAGUUGACCAAGGAAGAGUGGGAGCUGGCAUACAAGAGGUUAUCGCAGGUCGCGGCCAAGAUCGACGCCGAUUGCCAGCUGUUGUUGACUAAGAACCUGGGCUCGGGCGACCUCGACGGUACCCCGACCCGCGACGGCGACGUAAGCGGCAAGGUGAUGAUCCGACGACGCCCGUCGGCAGCCGAGGAGGUGAUCGAAACACGAAUAGCAGUCGUGGGCAAUGUCGAUGCCGGUAAAUCCUCCAUGUUGGGUGUCCUGGUCAAAGGCGACUUGGACGACGGCCGCGGUCGCGCGCGCGUAAACCUCUUCAGGCAUAAGCACGAGAUAGAGACCGGGCGCACUUCGUCUGUCGGCAUGGAAAUUAUGGGCUUUGACUCGCACGGUCAGACCGUCCUCUCUGACACUCCCGGUCGCAAGCUCUCGUGGGAAGAAAUCGGCAAGCGCAGUGCCAAAGUCAUCACCUUCACGGACUUGGCGGGCCACGAGCGCUACCUGAGGACGACCGUCUUUGGCCUGUUGUCAUCGUCGCCAAACUACUGCCUGCUAAUGGUAGCAGCCAACAAUGGGCUAAUAGGCAUGUCCAAAGAGCACCUGGGUAUUGCCCUGGCGCUAAACGUGCCCAUAAUGGUGGUCAUCACCAAGAUCGACAUUUGCCCGCCCAACAUCCUGGAACAGACCAUCACCCAGAUCACCCGCAUCUUGAAGUCUCCCGGCGCGAGGAAGAUUCCGAUUUUCAUCAAGAGCCGCGAAGAAUGCAUCAACACGGCCACACAGUUCGUUUCCCAGCGCAUAUGCCCCAUUUUCCAGGUAUCCAAUGUCACGGGCGAAAAUCUGGACCUGGUCCGCGCGUUCCUUAACAUCUUGCCGCAUCACGGACGGUACGACGCCGACGCGCCGUUCGAGUUCCACGUUAACGACACUUUCAGCGUUCCCCAUGUCGGCACGGUCGUCUCGGGUAUCGUCAAGUCGGGUGUGAUACAUGCGGGCGAUGAGGUUUACUUGGGUCCGGAUGGCUUGGGCAGGUUCACGACUACAGCGAUUAGGUCGAUUGAACGCAAAAGGAUAGGUGUGCCCGCGGCGAGCGCAGGCCAGUCGGCGAGCUUUGCGUUGAAGAGAGUGAAAAGGAAAGAUGUGCGUAAGGGCAUGGUGGUGUUGUCGAAGACUGAAAGUGGACCGCCAAAGGUUUAUAGGGAGUUUGUUGCUGAAGUUUUGAUCCUCUCCCACGCAACCACCAUCAAAACCAAAUACCAGGCCAUGCUCCACGUCGGCCCCGUCUCCCAGACCUGCGCCAUCAUCGACGUCGACCGUCCGUUUAUCCGAACCGGUGACAGAGCCACUGUCGCGUUUCGGUUCGUCCAGAGACCCGAGUAUCUGGUCCCGGGUGACAGACUGCUCUUUAGAGAGGGCAGGACCAAGGGGUUGGGUAUUGUCAAGAGUUUGGGGUAUGAUCCCGAAAGACCGUUGGGUGGGGUUAGUGUGGACGAGGGGGGUGAGAAGGGCGCUGGUGGCGUUGAGGAUGAGGAGGAGGGGAAGGUUGGUGCUUGA